AUGUUCGAUACCGAGGACCUGGAAGCCUCGGACACGAUGUUGGGCGUGCUGGAUGCUGCCCCUGGCGCUGGCGCUCCUGAUGGGGAUCGCGUUGCCGGACGCGCCGCCGCUGAGGCGGCCGUGCGGCUGGCCGGCCAGCACGUCGCCGCGACCAUCGGCACGCGGAAAAGGGGGUCCACGGGGCGCUGCGCGGCCGACCUGCGCCUGCUCGGGGUCAAUGGGGGCACCUGGGGCACGGCGCAGAAAGUCCUCGACUUGCACGCGCCCCUGACCGAAAAAAGGGCGGCCCUGGGCGAGCAGGGCCAGGGCCGCCCCGCCGGCCAGGCGUUGCACGUCGGAGGCGUGCGGGUGGCCGCGUUCUUUGUCUACCUCGAGACCUCCUCAGGCUUCGGCGACUACAACAUCGGGUUGCUGGAUAUCUUGGCCGCGGAGAUAUGGAAGCUGGACGUGCCUUGGGCAGCCCGGGGCGUCAGCGUCGCACCUGCAGGCGUGUGCUUCGACGCGCCGUUCGGGCCCUCGGCAACGCGGAUUCUGGGCUGCCCUCGGAGGGGAUCUUGGCGCGCCUGUGCACGGAUCCAGGGUGCGAUCCUGGGCGCGGGCGCUCAGGCGCAGGUGGCGCGCGCCGCGUCAGAGUUGGAGGGCGAGGGCGAUCGAAAACGAUGUUUGUUGCCCGUGAAUGGCUACGAUGCAUUGGAAGCGUUGCGGGCUGAGUCGCUGCCCGCGUGGGCUAGACAUCAGAACGCAGAGCCAUGGAAGUGGGCGCGCCCCGAGGGCCUGAUCUCCAUCACGUCGGCCGGGGCCCACCGCGCCUGCAGGCGGCGCAAGCCCCAGGCAGGAUUGGGAUGGGACAAGUCCCAUCCCCAGUGGAUCCUCGCUCUGCCCCUGGAGUCGCAGCAGCGCUGCGUCGACCUGCUGAAUAUUCCUUCGAGGUGGGCCCAAGUCCUGCGAGCGAUCAUUGACAUCGAGAAGUUCUACGAGGAGGCGAACCGCCUGCACUUCAGCAGGCCGGCGGAGGACUUCCCGUUGCCGGCGCUGCGCGCCUCGUGCACCGUGUGCGUGGCGCUGUUCGUGUUCACCUGCAACGGUGCAGUAUCGCGCUUUGCGCAGCCUUCUGGGGCCAUCGCGGCGGGCUUCUGGGGCGCUGCCUCUCUCGGAUCCCAGCCCUUGCUGAUCAGGCCGCUCGCGGGCGCCAUGGCGGGGGGGCCGAGCGCGGCCGUCCGGAACGUCGCGGGCGACGUCGCCAUCCAGGGGGUCGGGGCGCAGAGGGGAGUCGCAGAGCAGCUGGGUGACGCCGUCGUGGAGGCCCUGGGCGGCUUCGCCAAGCUGGAGCUGCCAGUGGCCCGCAAGAAGCUCGCCCAUCUCAUCUCCGCGAGUGGCGUCGAGGAUGCCCUCUCGGAGCGCUUGGCCACUGCCAUGGCCCAGGCCCGGCGCCUCAACAGAUUCCGCGCCGCAGCAGGGCCAGUCCACAACGUCCGGCGGGGGGGGCCCGCGGCGACUGCCGCGCCGCGGACCGCCGCGACCAGCCUGGCGCCCGCGGUGUUGCGCCGGCUCGUCGCGCAGGCGCUGCGGAGCUUCGGGCCCGCCGCGAAAGGCGCAUCCGCGGGGCCGCGCGCGGCGCCCUUCGGCUGCCCCCCGGCCGUGGGCCCGCUGGCCAUUAACGCCGACGCCGUGGCGCAGCAGUCGGCUCGCGCUGUCUGGGAGGGGCUGCCGCUUCGCGGAGCCCUCCGGAAAUACUUGGCGGAUGCUGCAGCGCGCUUGGGCUGCCUCCUGCGCCCGCUGUCGCGGGCCAUCUCGCCCGCGGACGUGGCGCCGCUGACAUUUGGGCGGCGCGGCUGGCGUUUCGAGGGCGAGGGCGCGGUGGUCGCCGACGCUGGCGCCCGAUUGGCCCUGCUACGAGCGGCCCCAGCUUUGGCCGCCCGUCUCGCGCGAGACGCCGCCCGGCGUGCAUCGGACUGCACGGCGCUGGCGCGCGAGGCCAGGGAAGUGCGUGGCGAGCCCCGCCGGGUGCAGCCGAUCAGCUGGCCGUCGCGGCCGUCGCGGUGGGGCUCGGCGCGCGACUGGAAUAUGCGGCAGCAGAACUCCUUGCGGGCCCCCGUGGUCAACGCGCACUGGCGCCGGGGGCGGCCGCGGCGGCGUGGUCUCGCAGCCCGCGGGUUCUUCCACAGGGCGUGCGAGCGCGACGCCCGCGCCGGCCUGAGGUGGACCGCUGCCUCCCUUUUUCCAGUGGCCAGGGCGCGGCAGUCGCAGCGCAGGGGCAUGCGCAGGGCUGGGUGGGCAGUCGUGCAGUGCAACCGUUGGGGCGGGCAGCUCAGCUGUGACGGCGCAGGUUUCGCCAUCUUCGCACUCCAGCACGCGGCGCCGGGGCAUCUCGACCUCUUCGUCGAUUGCGCGGGCACCGUUUCUGCGCUUCGGCGCGGUCCAGGGGAGGCGCCCAGGGCUGCCGAGGCCGCCGCGCCUGGCCGCCUCCCGCAUACCAUGGUGGCGCGCGUGAAGUGCGGGGCCUGCUGGCACGAAGUGCGCCCGCAGACCUUGGCGGGCGCGUGCCGCGGAGGCCCGCCCGCAGCCGGGCCCGCGGCGGGGGGCAAGGCGCCCGGACGCCUGCCCACCAGGGCCGAGGCCUUGGCAGCCCACGGCCUGGCCGACGGCGGCGUGGUGAAGGUGAAGGUGAAGGUGAAGGUGAAGGUGAAGGUGAAGGUGAAGGUGAAGGUGAAGGUGAAGGCGAAGGUGAAGGCGAAGGUGAAGGUGAAGGUGAAGGUGAAGGUGAAGGUGAAGGUGAAGGUGAAGGUGAAGGUGAAGGUGAAGGUGAAGGUGAAGGUGAAGGUGAAGGUGAAGGCGCUGCGCUGCUUCCUGCAGGCGCCCGGCGCGCGCCGCGGCGCCUCCGCCUCCGACUCUCCGCCCCCCGUGCGGCCGGAGCUCGGCUCGCCCGGGUGGCGCGCGGGGGCGCUCCUGUGCACGCGGCCGCCGCCGCCGCCGCACCCGUUCGCCGUCGCGUUCUUGCUCCCGAAGGAGGCGCAGCAGAUAGACCGCGUGCUCAAGAUCUUCGCGCACACGUACUACAGGAAGCACCGCGAGCACUGCGACCGCUCGGGCGAGGCGGGCGCCGGCUACCUGAAGCACCCGGACGCCGCCUACACCUUGGCGUUCAGCGUCAUCCUCCUGAACUCCGACCAGCACAACCCGAAGCUGAAGAGGCGCAUGACUGUCAAGGACUUCAUCUCCAACAACCGGGGCAUCAACGAAGGUGAGAACAUCCCGGAGGAUGUCCAGGCCCGCAUCUUCGAGAGCAUCCGGCUGAACGAGAUCAAGACUCCCGACAGCGGCAGCCUCGUGCACGGGCUCUCCCCUGCCAGGUGGGCCGACCUGGUCCAGCUCAUACGGAGGGGGUAUCGCGACAACGCCUUGUCCAUCGAGCAGGA